GCCAGCCCGAGGGGAGGUUGUUUAAAGUGGCGCUUGCGGCGCGGGAAGGGAAUGGCGGAACCGGCGGACUAUCCCCCGUUCCAGCUGGGGAAGCCCCGCUUCGAGCAGACUUCAUUUUAUGGCAGAUUCAGGCACUUCUUGGACAUAAUCGAUCCACGCACUCUUUUUGUUACUGAGAGCCGUCUGAAGGAAGCUGUGCAGUUGUUGGAGGAUUACAAGCAUGGGACUUUGCCCCCAGGAGUCACCAACAAAGAGCUGUGGGGAGCUCAAAAAAUAAAGCAGGCCAUCAUCCAUCCUGACACAAAUGAGACCAUCUUCAUGCCUUUCCGAAUGUCAGGUUACAUUCCCUUUGGAACGCCCAUCGUUGUUGGUCUUCUCUUGCCCAACCAGACGCUGGCAUCCACUGUGUUUUGGCAGUGGUUGAAUCAGAGCCACAAUGCCUGCGUCAACUAUGCAAACCGCAACGCGACAAAGCCUUCUCCGACAUCCAAGUUCAUCCAGGGCUACUUGGGAGCUGUCAUAAGUGCUGUCUCAAUAGCAGUGGGCCUUAAUGUUCUGGUUCAGAGAGCAAACAAGUUUACUCCCGCCACUCGUCUCUUGAUCCAGAGGUUUGUGCCAUUCCCUGCUGUCGCUAGUGCCAAUAUCUGCAAUGUUGUCCUGAUGAGGCACACGGAGCUGGAAGAAGGAAUUGAUGUUUUGGACAAUAACGGAAACAUUGUCGGGUCUUCCAGAAUUGCUGCAAAACACGCACUGCUAGAAACAGCCCUGACUAGAGUGGUCCUGCCAAUGCCUAUACUGGUUCUACCUCCAAUUAUUAUGUCCAUACUGGAAAAAACAUCCCUCCUGAGGUCCCGUCCCCGGAUGAUUCUCCCAGUCCAAAGCCUUGUGUGCCUCGCUGCCUUUGGCCUGGCCCUCCCCUUGGCCAUCAGUCUCUUCCCGCAGAUGUCCGAGAUUGAGACGUCUCGGCUGGAGCCAGAAAUCGCAAUGGCCACUACCAGUAAGACCGUAGUCUACAAUAAAGGAUUGUAAGUGGAAGCAGACCAUUUCGGCCCGGAAGAUUUGGGGAGGGACAGGGGGAAACUUGAGAUCCCGACUGGGAAAAAGAAAACAACGAGAAGAGAAAACAAAUAAUAGAGCUCAGCGAUAGUAACGUAUUACUGCUCCCGGCAAACUGGGAGUAAAUUAACACUUGCAAAGAACUGACACCUCACACCAGUCAAAAAGAUUAAUAUUAAAAGUUUUAAAUUAGCAACAGGAGCAGCAACAAACAAAAUCAUAUUCAAACACUUUAGAGAACUAGCUAAAGAAGAAUCUCAGAACUUAAUAGCACUGCAUGGAGGGAUGUUUUAACGGCGUGUUUACGUGGUUAUACCUAACUACAUGAAAGUAGGCUUCACCGAGCAAAUUUUGUUUUCGACGCAAAUUAAAUCUCCACCCUGACGCUGCACAAGAAUAAUUCCGUAGAGAUCAAGGGGUGCAUGACUGUGAAGUGCUUGAAAGGGUGUUUGACCAGUGUCCUGUAUUGAUUUCAUGCCGAUCCUGCCCCGGUGAUCCCGCGCAAAAGCAGCCUGUCAGGGUUGGGCGUGCAACGCUCCGCUAGCGCAGCGAAGGUCGUAGCCUGCGCCCCCCACCACCCCGCCCUCCUUCCUCUGGUCCUGGUGGCGUCCUGCCGCUCACGGCACUUGGCAGGCUUUGAUCCUACCACCACCGUGUCUGCAAGGGCUUUUGCCCGGGGGUUCAAGACGCUGGAAACGUGCCCACGCGUAGGGUUGGAAGGGAUCUUAUAGCCAGAAUGCAACUGAUCCGCUCUUUUCCUUUGCACAGGCAUGGGCUUUGUCCCACCUAACGUAGACCCUCUGAAAGUAAGGUUAUUAACCUGUUAAUGGAGUAAUUCUACAGCUUCUGUCUAAGGACAGAAUAUGCUUCAACUUUUCAUCAGCCCUGAAGUGGUCAGGCAGUUGGACUAGAUGAUUGUUGUAGAUCCCUCUCCUCUCCUCUCCUCUCCUCUC